AUGAAGUACUGCCAGGCGGGGCACCUGACCUUGCAGCUGGGGUGCCGCCCCCACGCCGGGGCGCUCGCCCGGGUCGGGCUCACCCUUCCUUCCCGGCAGCUCCCGGUCGUCGUGCUCACCUGCAAUGUCGGCGCCUCCGGGCUCCCCCCCCGACGCGCGGACGGCCGUUUCGACGACGAGGCCGUCUUAAUUCCGCCGAACGAGCUCACCACCCUCUUCCACGAGUUCGGCCACGCGAUGCACACGAUUUUCGGCCAAACCCACGUCCACAACCUCGCCGGCACGCGGUCGAGCAUCGACUUCGUCGAGACCUUCUCCCAGCUUUUUGAGCAGUUCCUCACGUCGUACGACUUCCUCCGGCUCUGGGCGCGGCACGUCGAGACCCACCAGCCCAUCACCCGCGAUCUCGUUGAGCAGCACAACACCGCGAUGCGGAUGUUCACCCAUCUGAGCACCCUCGACGCGGUGAUGCUCUCCGUCGUGGAUCAGGUCCUCCACGGGCCGAAACCGCUCACGGUGUAUUCCCCUACCGAGGAUGGGGGGUUGCAAAACCGCCAGCUCGGCGACUUCGCCGAUUACGAUCGCGAGAAUUUCGACCUCGCGAAGGUCCUGAUCGAAUCCACCGCACCCUUUGCGGUGGCGCGGUUGAGCGAGGAGGGGGCGCUGCACGCGCUGUCGUUCGAGCACCUCUCCGGGUACCCGGCGGGGUAUUAUGGGUAUUUGUACAGCCUCAGCGUCGCGCGGCGGAUUUGGCAGAAGAAGUUCGAGCGCAACGCCGUGAAUCGGGAGGCAGGGGAGGAGCUGGUGAACAAGGUGAUGCGCUUCGGCGCGGCCUGUGAUCCGGUCAAGACGCUCGAGGGCUACUUGGGUGAGAGUUUGAGCGAUAUCGAUUCUUGGGAAUGA